CCGUGGAGUGGGUGUGGGCAUGGCGUGGGCCAAUUUCGUUGUGGGGCGAUUUCUUUGUUGGGUCGCCACGUCUAGUGAGUAUGUAGAUACUCGGAGGUUUGGUCCCAUCGUAGUCGGUCUUAAUCGAGUCGAGGCCUUCGAAGAUAUCGCAUGGUUUUCCCGAGAAUUCAUAGUUGCCGAUAUCGUCCUGGGGCUGCGUGGCUCGGCUCUUGGACACGGGUUUCCGGCUGGAAGUGUAGUGCAGAUUGAUGAUUUUGUCUGGAUCUACAUCCCCUGACUUCAGAAUACGAGUAAGGACUCCCACGGUCUUCCCCAUCUGUUGAUGGACUGCCGUAGAGAGAGAAUCGUCGACGACGCACACCUAACCCAAACCGAGUGUCAGUGACAAUGUUGCUUCUGAAGUAUGGGUUGAUUACUUGGUCUCGUCCCUCACUGCCCUUCAGUCUAUCCGCGGUUUCUCUUAAACGCGGGAAAUUGUUGAGCAACUGUGUACCAGAGGCGUCCAGAAUCGUUUAAAAGUGGACUUGUUAGCUGGGUUGAUGAGCGUCAUGUAAAUUUCUUCAACCGUAAAAAUAUCGGAUGGUUGAGAUCACAGAGGAACGGUCGCGGUUCUCUGGCGUGUGGCGAAGUGUGGGCGGGGCUCGAUGCCAAGCC